AUGUCUUCUUCAAACUCUGCUGAUAACAUUUCCAAGUGGGAGGAACGUGUAUGCAUAAACAGUGGAAGAAAGUUUUUCAAACCUAAAGUCAGUGGAUCCAUUACACCUGCUGUUGGAAUGUUUUUUAAGUCAUUUGAUGAGGCUUUUGCGUUUUAUCAGAGAUAUGCACUUGCUGCAGGUUUUUCUGCAAGAAAAAAUACUUCUUGGACAAAUGUAAAUGGUUUAGUGAAAAUAAGAUAUAUUGUCUGUUCAAAAGAAGGAUUUCAUGUUAGCAAAGAAAUAGAUUCUGGUUCAGUUGAGAAUAGUAAAAAGAUUGUUAGACGUAAUAGAGGUUCAAAAAGAGUUGGAUGCAAUGCUCAUGUGAAAUUAAUAUUAGAGAACAAUAAUAUGUAUAAAAUCUACUACUUUGAAGAAGAACAUAAUCAUAUCUUUGUGGAAGAUGAAGAUAUUCAUUUCUUGCCGGCUGCACGAAGUAUCGAUUAUGUGAAAGAAAGUUUUAUAUCUGGAUUGUCAGCAAUCAAUAUUGGACCUGUUAAAGCAUUCAAUAUUAUGAAAACAAUGUAUGGUGGUUUUGGUGAAGUUAGUGCUAGUAAAGUUGAUUGUAAGAAUUAUAGAAGGGAUUUGAAUCUUUAUAUCGGAGAGUAUGAUGCAGAAAUGGUAGUUAGGCGUCUUAUUAGGAAGAAAGAAUGCUGUCCGGGUUUCACAUGUGAUUAUGUUAUUGGUGAAGAUAGAAGAUUGAAAGGGCUUUUCUGGGCUGAUGAGCAAUCAAAAAAAAAUUAUACAGUUUUUGGUGACAUAUUUGGUUUUGAUGCUACUUAUAAAUCAAACAAGUAUGAUUUGGUUUUUGUUCCAUUUACUGGUAUUGAUAAUCAUUAUAGGAAUGUCACAUUUGGUGGUGCAUUACUUGGUUCGGAGACUGCAGAUUCUUAUAGAUGGCUUUUAAGAUGCUGCAAUGAAGAGAGCUAUUAA